UGUACAUACCUCCAUGCCACAGCCAUGGCUAAACCUUUGACUGAUCAGGAGAAGCGCAAACAGAUUAGUAUCCGUGGCAUCGUGGGUGUUGAGAACGUGGCAGAAUUAAAGAAGGGUUUUAAUCGGCACCUGCACUUCACUCUGGUCAAGGAUCGGAAUGUGGCCACCCCCAGAGACUACUACUUCGCGUUAGCCCACACGGUGCGUGACCAUCUUGUAGGGCGCUGGAUCCGCACUCAGCAGUACUACUACGAGAAGCACCCUAAGAGAGUUUAUUAUCUCUCCUUGGAAUUUUACAUGGGACGUACUUUACAGAACACUAUGAUCAACCUUGGUCUGCAGAAUGCUUGUGAUGAAGCAAUUUACCAGCUUGGAUUAGAUAUAGAGGAGCUCGAAGAAAUUGAAGAAGAUGCUGGGCUUGGUAAUGGAGGUCUUGGAAGGCUUGCUGCCUGUUUCCUAGAUUCUAUGGCAACACUUGGCCUUGCAGCCUAUGGAUAUGGAAUCCGAUAUGAAUAUGGAAUCUUCAAUCAAAAGAUCCAAGGGGGUUGGCAGGUAGAAGAAGCAGAUGAUUGGCUAAGGCAUGGUAACCCCUGGGAGAAAGCUCGUCCAGAAUUCAUGCUACCUGUCCACUACUAUGGAAGAGUAAUUCAUACUCAGAAUGGAACUAAGUGGGUUGAUACUCAGGUGAUCCUUGCACUACCCUAUGACACACCUGUACCUGGAUAUAUGAAUAACACUGUCAAUACCAUGCGCCUCUGGUCUGCUCGGGCACCAAAUGACUUUAACCUCAGAGAUUUUAAUGUUGGUGACUAUAUUCAGGCAGUUCUGGACCGAAAUCUUGCUGAAAACAUCUCCCGUGUCCUUUAUCCCAAUGAUAAUUUUUUUGAAGGAAAGGAACUGAGAUUAAAGCAAGAGUACUUUGUUGUGGCUGCUACUUUACAAGAUGUCAUCCGACGCUUCAAAGCCUCCAAGUUUGGUACCAGUGAUAAUGUCCAGACAGUGUUUGAUGCUUUGCCAGAUCAGGUUGCUAUUCAGCUGAAUGAUACACACCCUGCCCUUGCUAUCCCUGAGUUGAUGAGGAUUUUGGUGGACAUUGAAAGAUUACCCUGGCAUAAGGCCUGGAAAAUUACCACAAAGACAUUUGCAUAUACCAACCACACAGUCCUCCCUGAAGCAUUAGAGCGGUGGCCAGUAGAACUUGUGGAGAAACUUCUCCCACGACAUUUACAAAUCAUCUAUGAGAUCAAUCAGAAACACUUAGAUAGAAUUGCAGCAUUGUUCCCUAAAGAUGAAGACCGUCUGAGAAGGAUGUCUCUAAUAGAAGAAGAAGGGGGAAAAAAGAUAAAUAUGGCCCAUCUUUGUAUUGUGGGCUCUCAUGCUGUGAAUGGUGUGGCUAAGAUUCAUUCUGACAUUGUGAAAACUAAAGUAUUCAACGACUUCAGUGAGAUAGAACCAGACAAAUUUCAGAAUAAAACCAAUGGGAUAACUCCAAGGCGCUGGCUCUUGCUCUGUAACCCAGGGCUUGCAGAGUUAAUUGCAGAGAAAAUUGGGGAAGACUAUGUGAAAGACCUAAGCCAACUGACCAAGCUGCGCAGCUUUGUUCAUGAUGAUAUUUUUCUUUGUGAAGUGUCCAAUGUGAAGCAGGAAAACAAGCUCAAGUUUUCUCAGUUCCUGGAGAAGGAAUACAAAGUAAAGAUCAAUCUAUCUUCUAUGUUUGAUGUGCAAGUUAAAAGGAUCCAUGAAUAUAAGCGACAACUCAUGAAUUGCCUUCACAUCAUUACAAUGUAUAAUCGCAUUAAAAAAGACCCUAAGAAACUAUUUGUGCCCAGAACAGUUAUAAUUGGAGGCAAAGCUGCUCCUGGAUAUCAUAUGGCUAAAAUGAUCAUCAAGCUAAUCACUUCUGUAGCUGAUGUGGUGAACAAUGACCCUGUUGUUGGAAGCAAAUUGAAAGUCAUCUUCUUAGAGAACUAUAGAGUAUCUCUGGCUGAAAAAGUUAUUCCAGCCACAGACUUGUCAGAACAGAUUUCAACAGCAGGCACUGAAGCUUCAGGGACAGGCAAUAUGAAAUUCAUGCUGAACGGAGCUCUCACCAUUGGCACCAUGGAUGGAGCAAAUGUGGAAAUGGCAGAGGAAGCUGGAGAAGAGAACCUGUUCAUCUUUGGCUUGCGAGUAGAUGAUGUCACUGCCCUGAAUAACAAAGGGUACAAUGCUAAGGAAUAUUAUGAGAAACUUCCAGAACUGAAGCUGGCCAUUGACCAGAUUGAUAAUGGUUUCUUCUCUCCAAAGCAACCAGACCUUUUCAAAGACAUCAUCAACAUGUUAUUCUAUCAUGACAGGUUUAAAGUCUUUGCAGAUUAUGAGUCCUAUGUCAGGUGUCAAGAAAAAGUCAGUCAACUAUACAUGAAUUCAAAAGAAUGGACCAAAAUGGUAGUGAAAAACAUAGCUGCCUCAGGGAAAUUUUCAAGUGACCGAACAAUUAAGGAAUAUGCUAAGGAUAUUUGGAGUAUAGAACCUUCAGACCUGAAGAUUCCUCUACCUAAUGAACCUAGGGAGUUGCUAAAUAAAGACAACAGUAAAUGAAUCUACAAGAUGGAGUUCUAACAAUCUGUGGGUGGAGAAAUAGCUGCAUAUUUUACUGUAUCUAAGUAUGUUUUGCAACAUUCCUUGCUUUACAAUAAAACUGUAAUAAUUAGUUCUGAUUAUUAAAAGCUGAUUGCAGA